AGAAUUUCCAGACUGCCAUCUCCAACAAGCAUCGCCAUCUUCAACAUCCAUCCGGUCGACCGUUUCACCCAGACACUCACUUUUCUUCCACCCAACCUCACAAACAAAGAUGCCUCGUCAACGCUCAUCCGGUGGCCGUGCGCCCGCCUCCCGCGCCCCUGCGCGACCUACACCCGCUACCUCGGCCCCUGCUCCCCAGCAGCAGCGCCCUGCGACCACCAUGGCUGCUCCCCAACAGCACGCUCCCGCCCCCCAGGCUGCUGCCCCCCAGGGCCCUGGUCUCUUCGGCCAGAUGGCUAGCACAGCUGCUGGUGUAGCUGUCGGCUCCUCCAUCGGCCAUGCCAUCGGCGGCUUCUUCGGUGGCGGCUCGUCUGCCGAGCCCGCCCCAGCGCAGGCCAACGCCUCGCCCGUCGCCCAGAACGAUCAGGCCAGCCAGUGGAACCAAGGAAGCAACAACUGCGCCGGUGCCGCGACCGAGUUCACCCGCUGCAUGGACGAGCAGAACGGCAACAUGCAGAUCUGCAACUGGUACCUGGAGCAGCUCAAGGCUUGCCAGGCUGCCGCCAAGAACUACUAGACCGCGAGACUACGAGACGAUAAUAUGGGGAGGAGGCAGAAUGCUAGGAUUUGAUAUGAUCUGUAUACUACAUCAAGGCAUCCCCACUCUGACUGGGGCUUUAUGAGCAUGUUUAUUUAUCCUCAUCCUCUGGCCGAGGCUCAAAGUUUAGCUGUGGCGUGUUAGACUUACUACAGUGCAGUGAAAAUGGGACAAAGAUACUCA